AUGGGGCUGCUGGAGCAGUGCGAGCAGGUGUUCGGGACCGCCGACCUCUACCGGGUGCUGGGCGUGCGGCGCGAGGCCUCGGACGGCGAGGUCCGGCGCGGCUACCACAAGGUGUCCCUGCAGGUGCACCCGGACCGGGUGGGCGAGGACGACAAGGAGGGAGCCACCCGCCGCUUCCAGAUCCUCGGGAAAGUCUACUCCGUGCUGAGCGACCAGGAGCAGAGAGCGGUGUACGACGAGCAGGGGACCGUGGACGAGGACUCGGAUGUGCUCAGCCAAGACCGGGACUGGGAGACCUAUUGGCGGUUACUCUUUAAGAAGAUAUCUCUAGAAGACAUUCAGGCUUUUGAAAAGACGUACAAAGGUUCUGAAGAAGAGCUGGCUGAUAUUAAACAGGCCUAUCUGGACUUCAAAGGGGACAUGGGUCAGAUCAUGGAGUCUGUGCUGUGCGUGGAGUACACAGAGGAGCCCAGGAUACGGAACAUCAUUCAGCAAGCCAUCGAUGCCGGCGAAGUCCCAUCCUACAAGGCCUUUGUCAAAGAAUCGAAGCAGAAGAUGAAUGCUAGGAAAAGGAGGGCCCAGGAAGAGGCUAAAGAAGCAGAAAUGAGCAGGAAGGAGUUAGGACUUGAUGAAGAAGCGAAUUUGAAAGCACUCAUUCAGAACAGACAAAAGGAUCGGCAAAAGGAAAUGGACAAUUUUCUGGCUCAGAUGGAAGCAAAGUACUGCAAAUCUUCCAAAGGAGGAGGGAAAAAAACAGCUCUCAAGAAAGAAAAGAAAUAA